AUGCCGGCUCCGCAGCCAGGAUUUCACUGGUGCCAAGUGCCGACUGCGGUCUUCGGCGUGGCGUCUGGCCAACAGACCCAGGCAUCCCUUCCUGCUCAAAAGGGAGCUGAGGCAGCUUCUUCUUGGAAGGACUCCUCCCGGUGGCAAGAACAGUCCACCCCGUGGAAGAGCCAGCAGUCUUCAUGGGGCAAAGGUUGGGGGCACUCUAAGAACUACGGCUCCAGCAGCUCGUGGCAGGGCUCUGGAGGCAAUCGGCGUGAGAAGUGGGACAAGCCCAAAGGCUGGAACAAGUGGCCCAAGCCUGAGCAAAAGCCGGCUAAGGAGCAGUAUGGGCGAGGGGCUGCCCCCAAGGAGGAGGAGCCGGAGAUUCUCCUCGACCCAGUGGCUGGGAUUUUUGGAACCCGGCAGCAGGGGCCGCCUGAGAGGCCCGACUCUGCAUUCAAUGUUGCGGAGGCGACGGAGGAGGAAGUUCAAGCGGCGGCCAAUCGCAAGGCUGAGCGCGAAGAAGAAGGGUUCCACAGUCAGCUCUGGCAGGGGGCGAUCGCUAAGGCCCUCGCAGACCCCUCGCGACCCAAGUGUGCCCGAGAACUGAUGCGUGAGGGCAUCUUGCGAAGCUGGUGGAACAUGUCCUGGAAGGACGCCCGAGGCCUCAUUGACGGGACCUUGGUGGACGAGUAUCGCGAUCGGUUGAUGCUGUACAUGGCAAAGUACAAGAAUCCCACCGAGGUGCCGCAGCCGAUUGUCGAGCGCUGUGCAUGCUUGUUCGCGUGGUUCAAGCAAAACUCCAGGCAGCUGGACAUUGAAGGGGACUUCGAUGCGGUCAUGUUCGCAGUGCCAGGGCAGAAAGUGCUGUGCUUUCGCACAAAGCUGACAGGGCCAUCCUUCCUGGAGCCCGCAAACCACCGCUACACGAUGACAAUGUCCCACGGCUUGCCGUGGACAGCAGCCAUGGGUGUGGGCGAGUAUGGGGAGAUAACCCCGGGAGACUUCACGGACGGCGACUUCCCGUCGUACGGAUUCAGCGGCCGAGGGGUCUGCAACGACUCCGGCUUUGAAGGUAUCAAAGCCUCAAUCUCCAAGGUGGCUGCAAGAGCCAAAGGAAGGGACGUCAUCUUCUCGAUGGAAGGGCUCCUGCAGGAGAAUACGCCCCAGGUGGAGGGGGGCAUGCCGGCACUGAAUGUGCCUUCUGACAGCGAGUCGGAAGGCCAAGAAGUUAACCAGCAUCGUGUUGCUCAGGUCUUGAUUUCUGCAGGACCACCGAAUGUGCAGCUCCCCUGGGAACAAGGAAUUUUCAGGGACAUCUUCGCACCUAGACCAGUGGUGUCAUUGGACUGGCCAGAGCCCAAGGUUCUUGUCAAUGUGGAUGAAGCCGAACUAUCGUCUACACCAGGUCCCAGCGUUUUGCAAGACAAAGACAAGACGCCAAUCACAGGUGUCUUCAGCUCCUCACCGGGAGCUAAUGUUUUCAGCAAAGUGAUCAAGUGCAAAAAGAAAGAUGAGCCUUUUGAGGAGGCUGUUGCAGGCAUGUGGUUGAAAAACAUGCAGAUGUGGAAACAGCUGUUCGAGGCCUCCCCGUCCACCACUUUUGCCAAAACAUUACAGGAAUUGGACGAAGAGGAGAAGAUGUUGUCCCUUCGUGACAUGUUUGGAUCGAAAUCACCACACACAAUCCAGAAGCGUGCAUCAACCUUGUUGAGAUUGUUUCGUUGGCUUCAAAAACAGGCCGAUGUGCAAGGGACCUCUGUGGAGGAACCCCUUCUCCCAUCAGAGGAAGCGGUGUACAAGUUCUGCAGAGAGAUAUCCCACAGGAAGAAGGGCAAGCUGGCACCUCAGAGCGUGGUACAAGCGUUGAAGUUUGUGAAAUUUGUGCUUUCCAUUCCAAAUGUGGAGAAUUCCAUCUCCCCCAGGGUCCAAGGCUUGGCCGACCGAGUGGCAGGCGAGCACGAGCCCACACAUCAAGCCCGGGACCUAACAGUGCUUGAAGUUAGGUUUCUGGAAGAGUGUGUUUGGAACGCUGAGCUCCACAUUGUCGAUCGAUUUGCAGCAGGGGUAUUCCUGUUUCAGAUUUUCAGCAGGAACCGUUGGUCGGACAUCAGGCACGUGCGAUCCUUGGAGUUCGAUUUUCUGGAGAUCGGCCCCGAAAUCUGUGGUUUUCUGGAAGGCAGGGCCAGGGAGGUGAAACAGUCCAACAAGAAGAAGAAACUCUCGUUGUUCAUGCCCCUGGUGGCUCCAGUUCGGGGGGUCCACCCGACGGUGGUUUGGGCCAAAGAAUGGCAGAAAGUGGCUGCCGAAGCAGGGAUCGUGCUCUCGAAGACCCCUGUAGGCCCUUUACUACCGGCCACCGCCCCAGACGGUGCCUGGCUGCAGAGGUCCAUCGACUCCGCCGAGGCCUCCAACUGGCUGAUGGGACUGCUAAGGAACCGCGACCCCUCAACAGCGAGGGUUACCACACAUUCCUUGAAGCACACUGCUCUGGGCUGGUUGAGCAAAUACGGCAUUGUGGGCGAAACACAGACACUCUUGGCACAUCAUUCUACUGGAGCGUUGAGUACAUUAGCUUACUCAAGAGACGCCCUUAGCGGCCCCCUCCGGCAGCUAGAGGAAAUGCUAAAGCAGGUGCGGGAGGGCUCGUUUUGCCCGGACGCUACUCGAAGUGGAUACUUUGCCCGUGCCCAAGGAUCAGAGGCAGGUGCGUCUGUUGACCUCGGGUCCUGGUUGCCGAUCAGCAAGGCAGGCAGCUUAGAUGGGCUGCCCGCAAACUCCGAAAGCACGCAUGAACCUUUGCCAGCUACAGCGGAAGGCUUUGAGGCGUUGUUCGAUAAGGACGACACACAAGGUGCAGAUGAUGACGAGGAGGCAGAGAUCUCGCCCACCACAUCAGCAGACGGGUCCUCCGAGGAAACCUCUGAUGGAGCUUCGUCGGAAGAAAAAGAGGAACCAGCUUCGACCCUGAGCCUACCGGAGGGUUGGAGCGCGAUCCAGAACAAGAAGUCUACCAUGUUACAUCUGUACAAAGUAGGUCAAACGACGCUGAAAUGUGGGAAGUGGAUAACGGAUAGUCAGCCUUUCUUCGAGCAACAUGCUCGCAAGAUCGGAAUGGAGCAGCCACUCUUGGACAAAUUCAUAGCUGGAGGGGUCAAGACGGUGUCCAUGGCAGCCUAUGCCGCCACUCAACCGGGCCAACCUCUCACAGAUAGGGAGGUCUCCACUCUAUGUACGAGUCUGGGGCAGAACAACCCCACUCUUGCACAGAUGACGGUUGUCAAGAGGCUCCUGUUCGAGUGCCAGACCAUGAGCUUGGCAAACUUGAAGGCAACCGUGGAACAGCAGCCGGACUCAGUCCUACGUAAGCUGCCAGGAGCUGAGAGAGCCCAGCGCCUGGAAUUGCAGGCUCAAAGGCUGGGCGGACUCUCGAUUGAGCAUGACUUGGAGCCCGCCUUUUCAGUAUAUGAUGCCGUGUCGACACAGGUAGAGCAAGGGUCGCUGAAAUACCUGCACCCGAGCAAGAUUCCCACGCGUCGCCAGGAAUUGGCGCAAGGCAAGCCAACCAAGGAACUUGUGCUGGAUGCUUCGGGGGAUGGCCUCUCGGUUCAAGACAAAUCCUCUAAAGUAGAGGCCCAGUUGGGGUCAGACAUGGCGACUUACAGGGCGUUGCAAAGACGGGGUCUGGCCUACGACCUCGUUGGCAUUUUGAGUUUCAAGGUGCACGAGAAAUGGCUUCAGAAGGUCCUGCGAGCAGAUCGGGCCUUGUGGAUGGAGCUUGGCAGCAAACAGCCGACCCUGACAAGGGCAGCGGCGAACGCGCCGCUUGCAGACGCCCGGUGCUCAGAUCAAGUCUUUCUGGAAGCCACCAACACGGUUGCAGUCAAUUUUCACUUCAUGCCGACACCUCGUGCGGAAGGGUUCCCAGAUAGAGGAGGCAAAGGCGCUGGCAAGGGCCCCAAGCGCUGGGGUGAUGGAAAAGGGUAUGGACAAUGGAAAUAUCAGAGGAUCGACAAAGGAGACAAGGGCCAAGGAGGCAAAUCAGGCCUCAAGGGGGCCCGCCUCCCCACAAAGGGCAAAUUUGACAGUGGCAAGGGAGGCUUUCCGAACAAGUCCCUUGUCUUGCAAGGAGGCAAGGGGGAGACCCCCAUGCCGGCCGCCUUGCGAGGCGGAGUGCCGAACGACGAGCAAGGAGAGCCUCUUUGUUUUGGCUUCAACCUAGGACAGUGCAAGGUUGCUUCCGGAAGCAUCCCUUUUCUGAGCACAAGCAUUCAGGCCAGGCGAGUCAUCACGGUGCGCAUAGGUCUGGACAAGCGCAAUGUACUGCGCAAGGGCAAGAUCAUACAGCUGGACCUGCUCCUGCUGUCGCACCAAGGUCUUCUGUGGAAAUGGCUGGGUUCUCCAGGACUGGUCGCCGUAUGGCUGGCGCCGCCCUGCGGCGCAUCCAGCAGGGCCAGGGAAAUCCCGUUUUCGGGGGAGGACGAGCCGCGUCCUUUGCGGUCAGUGGAGUGCCCGGAAGGGCUCCCAGGCCUUGGCCCAAGCGAUGCAGAAAGGGUGGCAAAGGCUAACGAGCUUUACCGGCUCACGGCCCGAAUCUGGGACUUCUGCUGCGAAAAUGACAUUGUGGUAAUCAUAGAGAACCCCUAUCGCAGUUUCUUCUGGCAUUGCAGCGCCAUUGAACAUAUCCUCAGGAGUGAACAAGCGAUCGUGGUCCAGUGCGACUUUUGCAUGAUGGGAGGUUCGAGAUUGAAGCGGACGGCCCUGCUGUGCAACAGCGACCUCAUCACAGGCCUGGCUGUCACGUGUGAUGGAUCCCACGAGCACCUGCCCUGGAAAGUGCAGGAGGGAGUUCUCGCAACAAAGCUUGAGACUGCGUAUCCACACCAGUUUUGUAAGCACUUUGUUUCCCUGCUGCUGCAGCAUCUGACACAGAAGGGCUGUCGGGAUGGUCUGAAUCUCUUGGAGGCAGAUCCCGCAAACUCCUCAGGAGCCAGGGUGGUAACGACACAGGCGAAGACCAAAAGGGCUGCAUCGUUUCAGGUUAUCCCCGAAUUUCGCAGACGAAUCAGAUGGACAGUGCCCGGCCAACUCCGUAGUGCUCUCCAGACUACACAGUGGUUGGCACCGGACAGGAUCCCGGGCUUCAAGGCGCCAGGAGCCCCGGCGCUGAGAGUGACGCCCCUGCUGUCUUCUGCGACGGAUGUGCUGGUGGAAGUCCCGUGGAACCCACAGGAAUUCGUGGCGAAAGCCCGACUGGCCGGCCACCCCGGCACCUGUGUGAUUGAGACUCGAGCAGCGCAGUCACGGAGAUGGCUCCAGCGAGCCCAGGAGCUGCAGUUAGCUGAAGACGACUUCAAAGCCAGGCUGCCCGAGCACAUCCGCAGCAGCCUCCGUAACAAGAGAAUACUGCUCUUCAAAGAGAUGCUAGAAGCGUCCCACUACGCCGACAAGGCAGUGGCAGACGACCUGGCACAGGGUUUUGAUCUUGUGGGGCAUUUGGACCUUCCGGCAGGCUGGUCCACCGACUUUCGUCCAGCAUUCCUCUCCCUGAAGGACCUGUCCCAACUGACGCAGGAGACGAACCACCAGGUCAUCAAGGAAGUUGAGGACUCAUCUCAGUUCCUGGAAGAACUGUGGCAGAAAAGUCUCGAUGAAGUAUCAAAAGGAAACACGUUCUGGCACUUACCUUGGAGCUCUUUUUACGAUGACUUCACACUGUUGUCAACACGACAGCUGGCCACUAGCGCAGAGGCCAGUGCAUGUUUUCUGCUAGACUUGCUCGGCUUUGAGUUUGACAGAGACGGAGACAAGGCCCAGCCGUUCCAGGAGGUCUUCAGAUCUUUGGGGGUCGAAUUUGACCUUACAGACAGCAGCAAGCAGAUAAUUAGGAUCCAGAAUACAGCAGAGCGGACCAAAAGUCUCAUCGAAGACCUGGCAGCCUUUCAGGAGCAAGGAGCCUCAAGCCCUAAGACCUGGAAUCGACUGAGGGGAAGGCUGCACUUCGUGGCGGGCCAACUCUCUGGGCGCUUGCCGAAGGGCUUCAUGAGAAGAAUCUCUGACAUCAUCAAUGCCCCCGCAUAUGUCAGGAGACAAAACCAAGCCUCCCUUUGCGCAGCACUGCAGGGGCUACGACACUACAUAGCCGAGGCGUCGCCGAGGAUAGUGCGAGCCCAGACCUCAGAGACGGUGUACGCUUUUACGGACGCCUCGCAAGAAGGACUCCAAGGCCUCGAUAUGGGCCUGGGAGCAGUCCUGUUCAAUCAGGAGGGGCACAUCCUGUGCUGGUUUGGCAUUGUGUUGCCGCAUGACCUUGCUGAGAAACUUCUGCAAGGAAAGUCUAAAGUCAUCAACGAGCUCGAGAGCAUAGCUGUUCUCCUGCUAUUCAUUCUAGCCCGAGAGUUUCUGCGGGGGAAACAUGUGAUGUGCUACUUAGACAAUGAGGCGGCGCGCAUAACGCUCCUCAAGCUGACCAGCGAUUCAGAGGCUUUGACCCUCUUGAGCAAUGCUUGCGCAUUGUUAGAACAGGAGCUCGAGAUGAUUCCGUUCUACGCUCGGGUACCGAGCAAAUCCAAUGUGGCGGACGCCCCGUCUCGCCUUGACUUUACAGGGCUGCCACACAAUUGCAGGUUCCAAGACCAGGUGCUUCUUGCGGAAAUGGCCAAGCUGGUGAACUCGCUCGUCGGGCGCGAGGCCUGA